UUUCCUGUUGGCAGCAGAGAGUCGGCGGGGGGGAAGGAAGCCGCAGUAGCAGCCGGAGCCGGAGCGGGAGGGAGCCAGCUGCGAGCUCCGUGCCCGCAGUGUCCUCCUGCUAGCUCCCUGCGCACGGGGAAGUCGGAGCCCAGGUCGCAGCUCUCUCCCGACGCGACUGGACCUCUGUCCCUCCCUCCCCCGGCAAGUGCACCGACGGGCUAGGGGAGGGAGGGGACGGCGGAGAGAGAGCCACUGCCCUUUUCUGCGUUUCCUUACCCUAUCCUGCCCUGCCCUACCCUGUCCUACCUGCCCUGCCCUGCCCUGCGGUGCCCAGCCCAGCCCGGUCCUGCCCCGUCCUUAGCCUCUCUGCUCCCCAGCCCGCGCCUCUCCACCUGCGCUGUCCCCAGCGGCACUGAGGGAUGCGCGCCGCGCUCCUAGUGGCUUGGCUACUGGGUGGCCUCUGCAGCUGGGAGCUGGCUGUCGGAGAUCCCGGGCAGCCAUGCCAGGCUCCGCAGCAGUGGGAAGGACGUCAGGUGCGCUACGAUCACACCAGCGGCCGCAACACCCGUUCCCUGCUCUCCUACGAUGGCCUCCAGCAGCGCAUCCGCCUCCUGGAGGAGAGGAAGGCUCUCAUCCCCUGCAAGAGGUUCUUUGAAUAUAUUUUCCUCUAUCAAGAUGGAGUGAUGUUUCAGAUUGACCAGGCCACCAAGCUGUGCUCCAAGAUUGCUUUGACCGACCAAUGGGAUCCUCUAGAUAUCCCCCAAAACUCAACUUAUGAAGACCAGUAUUACAUUGGUGGCCCUGAUGACCAGAUAAUGGUCCAGGAAUGGUCAGACAGGAAGCCAGCCCGGAAAUAUGAAGCAUGGGUUGGCAUCUAUACUGUCAAGGAUUGUUACCCAGUGCAAGAAACCUACACCAGGAACUACAGUGUCACCUUCUCUACUCGAUUCUUUGAUAUCCAGCUUGGCAUUCGUGACCCCUCGGUUUUCACUCCACCAAGCACUUGUGAGAGAGCCCAGACAAAAGGGAUGAAGGAUGCCUGCUGACCACUGACAUGAGCUGCUCAUAGGCUGAAACGUCACAGUAACUACUGACCUGUUGAGAAAACUACUGACAUCCCCUGAAAGUUGAUUGUGGCUUUUUAGGCUGUCAGAGCCUCCAUGGGAUAGCAAAUCCUAUUGUUGCUUGUAUAAAUGCCAUCAGGUAAUUGGUGCCAGCUGCUGCUUUUUUUUUCCUACUUAAGACUCAAACUGUGUUUCCACAGGUAAACUAAAAUCAAAGGGGAGUAAUGAUGCAGGUAUUCAUGAUCAGAAAAAAAACCCAUCCUGGCUAAUUUUGGUUAAAAACCACCAGCUUUUGGCCUGAAUUACCCAGAUGGGUUAGCUCAUUUUUCAGUUUUCUUUUCCUAUUUAGACAUGGUUUCAUUUAAUGUGUUUGCUGGCUGUUCCUAAAAGUUUCUGGAUAAUAUGCUCUGGAAUAGAAAAUCUGCUUGAUCUUGUGAUAACUAUUCUGUUAAAAUGUACUUGAUUUUUCAGGCUAAAGAGAGAGGGAAAGGCCACUUGGUUUGGUUCACCCAACAGAUUGCUAGCCUGUCCUGUGUUACCAUUGUGGUCAUUGGUGGGUUUGCCCAAGAGUUCUGUUAAAUAGCUAAAUGGGAAAUGGAACAUGGCAUAUCCCAAACAUCCCAUUUAUUUCAUAAUCAUCAAAACCAUUAAAUACAUUACAUGCUCA